AUGCCUGUCAGCCCCACUGAUGGUGACAACCAUUCCUCAGCCUUCGGACAGCAAACCCAUAUGAUGGCGUCAAUCGACACAAUUAACAGUUAUGGCGGUCUCCAUAGGUCCAGUAGUCCAGGCUUUGGACCGCCAUCUAAAACAUUGCCAAAACCCCCAGGCCCAUAUCAGUGUGGAUGGAGAUUUACUGCCCAAGAGCAUAUUCAGCCAAAGCCAACCCCGAUAACAAACGACUCAAUGAUCAACACCCAAGAAAAUAGACAUGAGCGAAGUCAGCUAUCCCCUCUUGAACACUGCCAGCAGCAUCCUCCACUACCUGGCUCUAUGGGUAGUCGGACUCUUGACCUACAGAUCCAGACACUACUACAGGUUGCCGACGAACAUCGAUCACAGGUGUUUACGGUUAAACUGUGUGGUCAAUCGGGUAACUAUCUACAGAUCCCUCAAUCUACACUAGCAGCAAAGGUCUUUGAUCCGUUUAUACUUUGA